AUGCUAACAUCACUAGUGUCCAACAACAAGAUCGUUCCUCUUACCAUUAUCAAGGGUGCCGGCAAUGAGCUAAUCCCUAUCCCUCAGGGCGAGUGCGCUAUCAUCGCCGACUUCCACUCAGUCAAAUCCCAAAGCUCACACACCACCCCUUACCUGACCACUGGAUUGUACCGCGUUGUGCCCGGUCCUACACGAUACGGCGAGUACGACUACGAGGAGACCAAGUUCGUUCUCAAGGGUCAGAUCGAUAUCACCGAUGAGGCCACUGGCAAGACCCACCACCUCGUUGCUGGAGACUGGGCUUUCUUCCAUGUUGGAUCUAAGGCUCAAUUCUCAACAAAGACUGAGGGCAUUGCUUUCUAUGCCGUCACCCGGCCAAUGAACGCCGGCCACCCUAACCUUGUUGGCCGCGAGGAGAGCACUACAAAGUUGUAA